UUUUUUUUUUUCCCCUCCUACGCCGAAAAGCCUCGGGAAAAUCAUAGAAACCCAGCGGACUUGUGGCCCGCGCAGACGUGGCACCGGAAUAUCCAUCACGUCACGUUGUCCUCCACCUCAAAGCCGCCGCCUUUCACUUUCCCCCGAACCCUGAGAAAUCGGGAGGAUGGCUGCUGCAUUCGAUGACGAAGAUCUCUCCGUCUCUCUCCCUUCCUUCGACCGUGACCGACAUCGUGAUCGUCCCAGCGGCUCUAAUCCUCCCAAUUCGAAUUUCUCCGCCAUGGCCAUGCCCCCGCCUUCUCGCCCGGUCGGAAAGGGUGCUGACCCCUCGAGGCAGUCGCCCGCGACUACCAGGGACAUGCAGCGCCUCGACCAGUAUCAGACUGUGAAGGUUCUAGGCGAGGGCUCGUUUGGAAAAGUGAAGCUAGCCAUCCAUCAACCUAGCGGCCGUCAGGUCGCCUUGAAAAUUAUCUCUCGCCGCAAGUUGCUCUCUCGUGACAUGGUCGGUCGCGUUGAGCGGGAGAUUCAAUACCUUCAACUGCUACGGCAUCCGCACAUCAUUAAAUUGUACACCGUCAUUGCAACCAAAACCGAUAUUGUGAUGGUCCUUGAAUAUGCGGAACGAGAACUUUUCGAUUAUCUAGUGAAAAGGGGCCGCUGCAACGAUGCGGAAGCCCGCAAGUUCUUCCAGCAGAUCAUCUGUGCAGUGGAGUACUGCCACCGACACAAAAUCGUCCAUCGUGAUCUGAAGCCCGAAAAUCUCCUCAUCGACCGGGAUAAGAAUGUCAAGAUCGCAGAUUUUGGUCUGAGCAAUAUCAUGACAGACGGAAAUUUCCUCAAGACGAGCUGUGGUAGCCCGAAUUAUGCGGCUCCCGAGGUCAUCUCUGGAAAACUCUACGCCGGCCCAGAAGUCGACGUGUGGAGUUGUGGAGUCAUCCUCUACGUCCUUUUGGUGGGCCGGUUGCCAUUUGACGACGACUAUAUCCCGGCCCUUUUCAAGAAAAUUGCCGCCGGCAACUUCCAUAUGCCGUCCUACAUAUCCUCCGGUGCAGCUCGGCUAAUUCGGGCAAUGCUGCAAGUCCACCCAGUUCAUCGAAUCACCAUUGAGGGCAUUCGCGAUGACCCUUGGUUUCUUCAAGAUCUGCCUAAAUAUUUACAGCCUCCCCCUGAAGAAUUCAUCACCACCGGGGUGGACCCGUCCAAGGCGAUCGACCCGCGAAAGAUCGCCCCGGGGAAGCCCCAGUCGGCUCAGCAAAAGAUCAGUCAGGUUGCCAUCUCCAAAUUAGAAAGGAGUAUGGGAUAUGGACGGGAGGACAUUGAAGAUGCAUUAAAAAACCCCGAACCUAGCGCCAUCAAGGAUGCGUUUUUCAUCAUCGUGGAGAACGAGAUGAUGCAAACAAAUUCGCCUACUGAUGAUAAUAUGAUGGGUCCUCCUCCUGUAUUGCCAUCGCCUCCCCCAAGUCGCGCCGCGGCAUCCCCAGCAACCUCAGGUCGUCUUCCCACCUCCAAUGCGCAACAAGCACAGGCCGCGCCCCCAACCCGCACGAGAUCUAUUUCUCACCGCCAGCCAGUUCGCAUGUCCUCUCCAGCCGAUUCCGACGACCCGGAGGCCCCUAGGCCGAGUCAUGUUAGAAUUCUACCAACCAGCUUACCUUACGUCCAUGAUCAACUCAUGGAACAGCGCGAGCGUGAGCGCGAGCGGGCCCGUGCACGACACGCCGAUCGAUUGUUGGAAGAGAAAGCCCAGGCUGGCCUAGAUUCGGACGACGACCCCCACCGUCUGAACCGGUCCCCAGAGGAGCAGGAAGCCACCGCGAGAGCAUUGAAGCCCCACUCACGCAGUAUUAUCGACCUCGAAAAGCUUCGGCUUGAGCCCCCAGAAGGCCGUAGCGCUCCACAUCAACCCAGAAGGUCGCGGAAGUGGCAAUUUGGAAUCCGGUCGCGCAACGAGCCGUAUGAAGCGAUUCUCUAUCUCUACAAAGCCAUUGCAGCGCAGGGCGGAAUCUGGGAAAUGCAACCCGCCGAUCCAGAUGGUAGUACAAUGGGGCCGGAUAGUGAGUCUGGAGACCAAGCGCGGCGGUUGCAGGGCAAAUACCCGGACUUGCCAUCGGAUUACUACAUCCCUAAAGACCUGUGGUUUAUCCGGGCCCGCCUGUUGAAAGAAGGCGUCAAAGCACCGGGCUCGUCGUCGACCAGUGUGCACAGCAGCCGGAGUGAUCUUGAGGAUCUCCGGCGCCGGUUCAACCUUUCUGGUGGCGCGUUAUCUCUGGAUGAGAAAACGCUGGCAGCGACGGAACAAAUGCCGACGUCGGGUGCCUCUUCAGCCACACAACAACCCUCGAUCCCACGGGUGUCUUACGGAGUCUGGGUUUUCAUCGACAUCCAGCUGUAUCAGCUGGAGGAGAACAAUUACAUGGUUGACUUCAAGUGCGACGGGUACCAGAACGUGAUCCGCGCAGAAGGUGACACAGAGUGGCACCCGAUCAGCAAGCGAUUCCGGAACAAGGAGAAGGAGGUGACAAGCCCCUAUCCGUUCCUGGAUGUGGCGUCCGACCUUGUGGCCCAGUUGGCUGUGGCAAGCUAGAACGGUAUAUAUAUAUAUAUAGUCUUCACACACGAGAGG